AUGCCUUGGUCAUUUGCGCUCCCGCAGGGAGUUUUCGCAUCACCGCUACUUUCUGUCGCCACGCCUAUCGUCGGCGGGACCGUGACAGCUCUCCUAGUGAACCGCAACAAGACCCAGAACACCUACCGCGAUCUCCGACAACCACCAUUUAGCCCGCCAAGCUGGCUGUUCGCGCCGGCCUGGACAGCCCUUUACGGACUGAUGGGAUAUGCGUCGCACCAUGCGACAGUGACAGCGUCUCGAUCGCUCUUAACAGCGGUCCAUGACGCUAACCAUAACGCCCAGACCCUGUACACGACUCAACUAGCUUUGAAUUUCCUCUGGAUGCCACUUUUCUUUGGGGUGGGGCGACCGGCCGCGGCCCUUGGCGAUAUGGCUCUUCUCAUAGGGAAUGUAACUGUUCUGUUGGUUAACUGGUGGGACGCAGACAGGACUGCGUUCUGGUUAAUGACCCCGUAUGCCGCGUGGCUGGGAUACGCUGCGUAUCUGAAUGCUGGAGUUGGGUACUUGAAUGGGUGGAGUCUACCGGAGAAGAAGAAGGGCUCGGAAUAA